GUCAGGGGCGUCAGGGUGGACAGGAGCCGCUGCGCAGGCGCAAGGUCCCUCCUUCACCGCUCGCUCUUUUGCUGGUCUAGCUGCGCACACUGCACCACAGGCAACCUGAGGAGGCGGCGGCGGUGGCGGCCAGACCGGGAGGCGAGCAGAGCUCUAGCACGAGCCCCGCAGGCCAGUUCAGCGGCGAAGGCAGCAUGUCGGACCAGGAGAGGGACCAGGAGAGGGACCAGGAGAGGGACCAGGAGAGGAUCCAGGCACGUCUGCGGAAGGAGAUCCGCUCCCUGCUCAUCUCCAACAAUGACGGCCUGACCCCGCAGCAGCUGGAGAGGGAGUACCUGUCCAUGGGGGGCAGCCACCUGCCGCUCCGUGCCCUGGGCUACGGGACCACCAUGGAGCUGGUCUUGGCCAUGCCCGAUGUGGUGAGCGUCUGCCCCUGCGAAGAUGGCACCGUCAUUCUCAAAGCCAUUCCAGAUGAAACAACCAAAGGAGUAGCAAGUUUGGUUGUAAAACAAAGGAGUAGUAACAAGCUUCGAAAUACUGCAAAGAAAGGAAGGGCAAGUGGUGGUUCUAGUUCUGGCUCUCGUGGAAGAGUACCUGGCCGGGGGAAGAUACCUCCCAUUCUUCCAGCUGUGGUAAAGAGUGAGCUAAGAGACCUCUUGGCUUUUUCUCCAAUCCUCCUUUCUGAUUUCGACAAGGCCUUUGCAGAGCGAUUUGGACGACCGUUCCAAUAUAUGCAAUUUGGAUUUCUUUCUAUGUUUGAAGUGCUGAGUGCAGCUUCAGAUAUCAUUGCUGUUGAGCAGACCCAGGCAGGUUCUUUGUUGACCUUAAACCAAAAUCUACCAAGUGAACAGAAGAGGGGGUUACCAGCAGGUAAAACAUCACAAGCUGGAAAAAAACAACCCAAAUCCUCCAUGCCAACACCUACAGGAGGGGCACAUAUGCCAGAACCUGCCUCAGCUACUGAGCCACUGAAACAGCCACAUCCAGUGAAAACCACAGAAUUGAAUGGCAUGGAGGCCUCUUCUUUGGACCAAUCUGAGGAAUUAAAUCAGCUGGAAAAUACUUCCAAAUCAGUGAUUGUACAAAGUGGACCAAGAGGGAACAUCAACUCAGAACUAAAGAAGAAAAUGAAAUUUCUUGUAUCCAAAUUUCCACAAGGAUUGCUUCUUUCUAAACUGCUUGGAGAGUUUGAGGCAGUUUUUAAAGAGCCACUUUCACCAAGGAGAUUGGGAUUUUUAAACAUUGCAGAGCUCGUUGGAUCUCUUAGUGACAUUCUCCAUGUUGAGUUCAAGGAAGGUGAACAAGACUUGUUGGUGUUUGAUGCAGAAAUGAAGGAUUUGACAACAGAUAAGAAAAUAGAAGGGAAAGCCAAUAUCUCCAGUCGCCCCAGGAAUUCCCUGUCACCUCUGGAUAUUAAGGACACUGCCUGGAAUUAUUCUGUGGAAAAGCGUAGAGAUGUAGAAGAGAGAGUCUGCAAGAAAUUCAACCGAGUCAAGAAGCCUGUUCCCCUGCAUGUGGGAAUGAAACAAUUACAGCUCAACGUGGAGAUGUCAGGAUACGAGAUCCCACCAGAUGCUGUGCAGAACAGGAAGCUCUGCAGCAUUCCGGCAUUAGAUAGAAGAACCCUAGCAGUGGUCUUUGUAGAGUAUGUAAUCUCUCCUAGUCAGUUUUAUAUCCGAAUCUAUAGCAGAGAUUCAUCACAGCUACUUGAGGAUAUGAUGAUUGAAAUGAGGCGCUGCUAUUCCAAUAGACUGGUAUCUGAUCGCUAUAUCAUGCCAGAAUCUUUUAUCCAACCUGGCCUUCUCUGUUGUGUAAGGAUUUCUGAGGAUAAGUGCUGGUAUCGAGUCAUUAUUCAUCGAGUUCUUGGGAAGCAAACAGUUGAGGUGUUCUACGCAGAUUUUGGAAAUUUGAGAAUUGUUCAGAAGUCCUCUCUGAGGUUUCUCAAGUGCUGCUACACCAAGCUUCCUGCUCAGGCCAUUCCUUGUUCCCUGGCUUGGGUGAGGCCCAAGGAGGAGCAUUGGACACCCCAAGCAGUUUUGCAGUUCGAGGAUCUGUGUAUCUUCAAGCCAUUGGUGGGGGUAGUGGAUGAGUAUGUUGAUGGAGUCCUCAACCUCUUUCUGUGUGACACAUCCUCAGAUGAAGACAUCUAUUUCCAUCACAUCCUGAGAGCAGAAGGCCAUGCCAUUGUCUGCCGAGAAAAUGUCCCAUCUAAGGGUUUCAGAGAGCUCAACCCGUUGGCCUUGUAUACAAAAUGCAGUCCAAGGCCUGAAGAACCUGGCUUGACAGAACAGGGUCUUCCUUCCGUUCAGCAUUAUUUUAACGAAGACCAAGAAAUAACAAGCCCAGCAAAUGAAUUGGUACCCCCGGUAGGAAGCUUUUUUUAAAAAGUACCUUAUUUCAUACAACUCAUCUACAUGAACCUUUUGUUCUAAUCUAGCUACUUUCUUCAUUGUCAUUCCUGCUCUUCCCCCUACCUUUGCAAAAUUCUUAUUUCUUCUCUUCCACCAAUCCAAUAUUAUGCUUCCUCUGAGAUCCAGCUCAUAUCACCUCUUCAGGAAACCUUGGGCUCUAGUGGCUUCCAUUUAGUGGUCUUUUCUUUCAUAGUUACUAUAGCCUUCCUAGGGUCCAUUAUAUAAGCUAGAGCUUACUCCCUGGUUUCAUUCUCAUUCCAUGCAAGAAGGUCUUAACUGCUACCAAAGUAGAAUGAUAUUGCAGAAAACAUACUCGACGGGGAGUUAAGACACCUAGGUCCUAGUCCCAAUUCUAUGACUUAAAUAGCUUUGUGACCUAAGGAAAUCACUUAACAGCUCUGAGCCUUAGUUGGGUCAGUGCUGGUCCUACAGUUGUUAAUCUAGCUUUGUGGUCCAAAAUAUACUUUUUGAAUCUUUGCAAGGCUUUUUUUCUCUUUGCAUGUAUCGUAAAAAUGUCUCCCUAUGUUGACAGAAUACUUGUAACUUUUGGUGUUUAAGAGAAUAAUGUAGAUUAUCUGUGUAAUUAUUUAGGAUUAGUUUAUAGAUUGGUAGAAGGAAAAAGAAAAAGGUUAUUUUUGACCACAGUGGUACUAUAACAUGCUUUGAAAAACUUUAAAUGAUGAUUGUAGCAUUUACAUGAAUAUUUACCUCCACAUUUUCAAAAAUUAAAUUUUAAUUUUUUUUAUUUUGACUUUCCAUCAGAGUUAAUGUUUGGGAUCUGAUGUUUUCUGAAAACUGAAUUUAGUUUAGCUUUGUUGCUUUAAUAUUGAAUCAGAAGGACUUCAUUACUUUUGCCUCACAGUUCUAAUAGCCUAAAAAUUGCACAAAAUUGACAUUAUCAUUUCUGUUGAUGUGAAUAUAAGGCAGUGGCUUAUGGAAGGAGAGUCAGUGUGUAAUCUUUAUUUUUUCUCCUUUAAAAACAUUAUUGUUGUGAACUUGAGGACUUAAAGAAAACAAUUAUAUAAGAGUAUAAUCUGUUACGUGUAGUAAUACUUUAUAUAUGUAUACGUAUGCGUAUAUAAAUUUGUAUAUAUAGUUGUGUAUGUAUUUGUGUUGUAUGAGACUGUAAACUUCUUUUACAUAUAGUUUUAAAAAAAUUUUAUGUGUGUGUGUAUAUAAUGUAUGUGUAUGUAAAAUUAGCAGUGUCUGAUUCUGUGACUCCUAGCUCAGCAAAUAAAAUGAUGUGGUUCAGAAGCU